AUGAAGACAUUCUCCCUUUCCUGGAGCCUAUUAUUAGGACUCUGCAUUUUAUUCUCAAUUACUUUUGAUAUUGCCGGGGCAGUUAGCCAAAGCGAUACGCAAACCGAAGAAUGCUCGUUUCCUGGGAAAUCUAGCUCUUCGAAAAGAUCACACCUUUCUUCAUCGUCUAUCAGAAAAAGACAGCCCGAAGACAUUGAGAAGCGAACGCUUCAAUCUCCAGUACGCGACGGAUCCGCCUAUGUCACACAGCAGCUGGAAACAGCCGACUUUAUGGACUACGAUUCCGCUUGGGUUCAAUCUGAUUUUGAAGCGCUCGAGGGGGAAGCUUUCAAAUCUGCAAUUGGAACGCUUUCCGGUUGUGUGGCUAUAGUUGUGGUAUCACGAAAGGGCAUUUUUCGAUCGCACAUCUGGGAAAAGCCCCUGAUUGGGCCCGAUGGAGACUUCUCCUCGCUAAGCUCAGACGCUUAUUUUCAAGAAAACUGUCUGAAUACCGUUCGUGAUGGUGGAAUUGAUUCGCCGAGUGUCAGCCGGUGGACCUCCGCUGAGUUAUCUGGUGAUAACAACGCUAAAGCUUUUAUCUUCAAACGCCUCAGCUCGGGUCACGAUCAAUAUGACCAAGGCUAUGAUGGCAAAGUGGACCAGAUUCAGACUCUAGUAAACCGGAUUACUGGCCUGACUGCGCAGGUCGUUGAAUAUCAGAACCGUGUUAACAAUAUCGAUGACUUCGGAAUGUCGGAGAUGGGAAAGAUAUUCUUCGAAUACGACCCUCAAGCGGUAAAUGCCGGAGAGGAGGGUUGUGAGGAUUGGAGAGCUAGCUACAGGCUCUGGGUAGAGUCAGGUCUUGCCGGCAGUGAUUUAUGGGAGCCAUAUGAUAAUCAAUUGGCAAGGACUCGGACUCGGAAUGAAUGGGUUCUGGUUAACGAUGCGACCCUGAUAAUUAUCUGGGUAGGACUCGGCUGA